AUGCGAGGAGCCUUUCCGUGGAUGGUCGCCCUCGUUGAUCAGAUGAAGGUGGACAGAGCAUAUAUCCAUGACAAGUUUGAUCCUGUAACCUUCGACAGCGACAUCGCUCUACUGCGCCUCUCACAAAAUCCUGUCAUGGUUGCCAUGAAUGAUCGAAAGCCACCGAAAAAAGUAUCAAACAUCGCAGGGAUCCCAAUUUUCAUGGACCCUGAGAACAGAAAAGACCCAAAUAAAAACAUCGUUUCGAUCUUUGCGUACGCUUCAUCCUUUUGGAUGAGUCUACUGAAGUGUAUACCUGAAGACAAUUCGAUGGGAGAAGAAGACAAAUUAUUGUACCUAAAAUACCUUUCUAUGUUGUUUGAAAACGUCGUUGAGUAUUUGGGGUCAAAUCAAAAUCAGGCAAUGUGUUUACCGGCUUUUUUCAUCAACUUUUUGGCCGAAAUAGCCGCUGGGAAGCCAAUGCCAUUGAUUCCACAGUGUUCAACUAAACUAAAUACGUUCACCGCGAAUAAACUAAAUUUGUCCGGUAUUCGAAAAAAUAACGAAAUUGACUUAUCUCUAAUUGAGAAUGUUUUCCGAACAUUUGAAAUCCCUGAUGUACUUUCAUCCAUUUUUUCGAGUGUUGUUGGGAGUUUUUUAAAUACGAGCGAACCUGGCACGAAUAAUUAUCAGAAACCCAGCAGUGAAAAUUCUUUCUUAUCAGCGAUACUGGGGUCCAACAGUGAUAGAUAUCCCUCAUCCUCGGACUUGCAUAUGGAUUCUUUGAAAUGUCCUCCAAUAAUAACUGAGAACAACAUUCAGAACCUCAUAGACCCACGAAAUCGAUUAAUCGCCAAGAAUUUAAAUAAUUCGUCACUGCUAAGAAAGACCCAGCACUUUUCCUCUCCUCCACUCACACACCGUUAUGCUGUACGUGUUCUGAAGCAGAACACUUUUCCCAUUAUUACGCAAACUGACAAUAAAAUACUUCAUCACAGAGCAUGCCUACCAAAUCCCAAUUUCUUCCAGCUACCGAAACAAAGGUUUAUAGCUAUAAAAUCCUUGAAAACUACACAAAAAAUCAAUAAAUCUCAGAAGAUAGUCGGCAGUUCUAAACUGAAGUCACCGCUCCUCAAGAUGGCACCCUCAAAGCAAGUAGCCAAUUCAUCUGAGCCUGUCACUCUGAGGCGAGCAUUGCGCCCAGUAAUCCGCAGUACAAAUUCAAUCCAGGACACCGGAGCUCGACGUCCCAAUCACAUCUCAGCGGACGGCGUGCAUAACAAAGCUAGCCUAAAGCAUUCGCUUCCCGAUGCCCGAAGACGAUCCGAGGAGACGAAUGGACGAAACUCGCAACGAAUGUCCAUGGACAGCUUGAGGCCAAGAAAUUCAAUGGCUGGAACGAGUCUUCGCUUUUCAGGGAUCAUUGGCCGCAAGUUGCGCUGUGUGGUGCUAGGAUGGGGACAAACAGGGCUCAUAGCUCCCACUAGUGAUGUACUCAGGCAUGCUAAGGUCCCCAUUGUGUCGCUCGGCAAAUGUAAAAAACUUCACCCGUCCCUUAACGUGACGGAAAACAUGAUCUGCGCCGGCGAUCUCGACUCCAAUCGCGACACUUGUAAAGGUGACUCCGGAGGCCCCUUGCUGUGUGAAGACAGGGAGAACCAAGGCAGAGUGCAAUGGGCAGUGAUCGGUGUAACGUCGUUCGGUGUCGGCUGUGGUAAACUCGGUAUCUACACGAACGUUGCUCGCUUCACCAGCUGGAUUCACGAAAUAAUGAAGCAAGGAAACUUGUAAUAAAACCUACACGAAAUAAAUUACUGGGUCAAAUUAUCCAAAUUGAGUCAUACGUACUUGACCACUGCACGAUUUUUGGCGUUGGAUUUUUGGCGUUGUGACCCUAAAAGGACUUUCAAGAACCCGGCCUUUAUAUCGGCUAGCUGUCACGUGUCACUUAUUCGUUUUUGUUGGUAGAAAAAGAGGUAAACGAUGUCAGGUAUAUAGAAAUUAUAGCAAAGGUUAGAGGGGUGGGGAAGAAGAGAGAGCAAAGAGCAAAGAUACACCCCUUUGAAUUGCUGGGCCAAACUAGAACAGGCUGACCAACACGAGUGCUGAAAGCGCAUUGCUAUAUUGCUAUUGGACAAUGUCCCAAUUAUUUCUGUGAGUGUAUUUUAUUAGUGAAGAAUUAGAAAAUGCCUUAUAAUUAAUUUAUUUCAAUAGAUAAGCAAUUUCUCGAUAAAUUCGUAGUCGUUCAGUUUUAUUCAGAAUUCGGGCAGCCAGCUGCACCGAACGAAUACCUAAAAUGUUAAUGUUCUUCGUAGAAAUAGAGCACUUCUAACAAGUAGCUGUUAAUGACUUCAUGAUGUAUGUUAUAACGCGGUUAUAUUGUUUCUCCAAGAAUCGUAAUCCAUUUACCGAAUCUAAAAUAAAAUUUACAGAAAAUUUUAA